AUCAUCGUCUGCUUCGCAACCAGCCUGUGCUUCGCAACCAACCUGUGACGAAGUGGCACGAAAACGCAGUAGCAUUUAUUCUUUCUCAGUUUAGGUCAUGUAAUGGCUUGAAUGCCUAGCAGUAAGUUCUUUAGCGCGAGGUACUGAUCAGUCUUGCGAGUCGCGGUAUCAGCGAAAGCCUUUCUUUUCUCUCUACGAAAGCAAUGGCAGGGUGAACUCGCUAGGCAUGACGUCGACUGAAAUCACCAUCAAGAGCGUAGGGGUGCGACUGAACAGCCCUGCCGUGGUUGUCGUGUACGAAACGGGCAGCGGCACUCUUCACAAGAGGACGAUGCCCGUGAGGGGCCUGUUCGAGAACUCGGACGUCAAGAGCGUGGCCGAAGCGCUUCGCGACCGCCAUUCGGCGGUUCUAAGCGCCGCUCCACUCAUACAGGUGGAGAAAAUGUUGCGCAUUCUGCAGGAAAACAUGAAGGGCGUCGGCUCGUUGCAAGAAUGUCUCGACAAAGUGAAUCAAGAGUUCACGGUGAACCCGAAUGAAGACCUGAACAAGCUGGACGACGAGACGUUGCGCAGGAAAAAAGACAUGAUGAGCAUAUCAUUCGAGAAGAGUCGUAAGAAACCGGGCGAUCCUGACUUUCAGUACGACGUCGAGGAAGACUUCGAUGUCGAAGCUGCGAUCGAGACGUCGGGAUGGGACUCCGACAAAAGCGGUGAUUUUGACUUUUGAUUAAUUCGAGCAUACGAAACUUCACUUUCUCCUUUUUAGCGUCUCUGCGGUUCGCAUUGAAACAGCAAACGCUUCCCAAGCUUCAAAACAAUAUGGAACACGUGGCGCCAUCUAGGCGCUAUGAAGAAAGCAUUACCCGCCGGGCGCUAUGAACUUAGCUGUUGAAGGAUGAGAGUGGUAACAGUAGACUGAAAAUAAAAAAGGCAUUGAAUUCGUUU